GCUCAGCAUUAAGCAUGUCAUUAAUUAGUUUUCUUAUAGCCCUGGCAUUUGUGGUCCUGGCCCAAGGAGCAAGUGUUGGCCAGGACGAAAGGUUGCGCUAUGACAACUACUCGGUGUAUAAGGUCAAGUUUGAAACUCAAGAACAGAGAAGUUUCCUGAAAAAGUUCGUGGAGGAUCGCGACAAUUUUAGACUUUGGCAAGAGACCAAGGAUGAGUUGCACUUGAUGAUAAGUCCAGGAGCUUUUAGCGAAUUUGAGUCUCAAAUUCAGAAAACCAAUGUCAGUGCCAAGGUUUUUAUCGGUAACGUGCAGGAACUCAUCGAUUCGGAGGACGAGGCCAAUCUUAAGGCUAGCAGAGAUGGCUCUUUUGGCUGGACAAAGUACAAUUCCCUGGCCGAGAUUUACGAAUGGCUAGACGGGAUUCUGGCCACAUAUCCGACGAUAACGGAGAGUUUUGUCCUGGGUCAAUCCUACGAGGGUCGCACCAUCAGGGGCAUUAAGAUCUCCUACAAAGCGAACAACCCGGGUGUAUUUAUCGAGUCCAAUAUUCAUGCCAGGGAAUGGAUCACCUCCGCCACAGCCACUUGGUUGAUCAACGAGUUCCUUACCUCCACGGAUGAGCUGGUCAGGAAUCUGGCCGAGAAUCACGACUGGUAUAUAGUGCCAGUGCUUAAUGUGGAUGGGUUCGUUUACACCCAUGAGAAGGAUCGAAUGUGGCGCAAGACUCGUCAACCCUCCGACAUAUCCACUUGCGUUGGCGUAGAUCCCAACCGCAAUUACGACUCGCAUUGGAUGGAGAGCAAUGGAGCUUCCUCGAAUCCCUGUGCCGAGGACUAUGGUGGCCCGAAUCCCUUCUCCGAGCCUGAGAUUCAGGCCAUGGCUGAUUAUGUGAGCAGCAACAAGGACAAAAUCAAUGUGUUGCUGGCCUUCCACUCGUACAGUCAGCUUCUGCUUUCUCCCUAUGGACAUACAGACGAAGAGUUUCCGCCCAAUUUCGAUGAUUUGAUGGAGGUUGCAAAGGCCUAUGCAGAUGCCGUUGAGAGUCUGCCCUACGGAACUACUUACAGAUACGGCUCAAGUGCCGGCGUGCUCUAUUUUGCUACUGGAGCCACCAUCGAUUGGGCCUAUAAUGAACAAGGAGUGGAGAUCUCUUAUACCAUUGAGUUCCGGGACACUGGUCGAUAUGGAUUUAUCCUACCACCGGUUCACAUUAUUCCCAACGCUGAAGAGGCUUUGGUUGGCAUUGCGGCCCUUAUAGAUAAGUGUCAAGAGUUGGGCUAUCUUGAGCUCAAGUGAGUGCUGGGAAAUUCAAUAAGCCAUAAAACAAUAAAGAUUAGCUGC